UACAUUUAGGGAAGUUUAAGUUUAAGAUGACGUAGCAAAAUAAAUAACUUUUUCAAUAAAAAAUGGUCCCUUUGCAACCGCUCCAAUUUUAAAAAUAUUAUAGCGCAUAAAAGUGUAUUUUGGGUUCUAUAAAUUUUCACAAUAGAGCACAGUUAUUUUUGUAUUGAAUAAUAUCUGAUAUUAUUUGAAAAAUGUCAAAGGUAACGUUUAAAAUCACUUUAACAUCUGAUCCUAAAUUACCUUAUAAAGUUUUAAAUGUACCAGAGGAUACUCCAUUCACUGCAGUUCUUAGAUUUGCUGCAGAAGAGUUUAAUGUUCCACCAGCAACAAGCGCUAUAAUUACUAAUGAUGGAAUCGGUAUCAAUCCAGCUCAAAGUGCAGGGAAUGUAUUUUUGAAACACGGACAAGAAUUGCGUCUCAUACCACGCGACAGAGUUGGAAUGCUAUAAAAAUAAAUCCACAAAAUAUAUUUAUUUAUUUAAUUGCAUGUUAAUUUUUAA